AGUUGAAAGCUGUGCGUUGAAUGGGUCGGACGUGUGUCGUUAAAAUUUAUAAUUUUCGCUACGGAUAGUAAUUUCAUUUGUUGUGUUUUAAAAUAGUUUGUCGUUCAAUAUUUAGUUUUGUUUAUUGUUUGGGAACCAGAAUUAUUUUUCAUUUUAAAGCUGAUUUGUCUGGCUGGAUUGUGUGUCAAUUAAUUAAUUAGAUUUUAAAACAAAAGGUUGUGAUUUCGGCAAUUCGUUUUAUUGUUUUCUUGUCGCAAUUGUGUUUUAUGUACUAGAAAAAAUCUUUUGAGAUUUUUUGCUCACUUUAUUUUGGAUACUUGAAUAUUUGACAUUAUUAGAUGAUUAGCGCAACCAUGAACUCUUAAUUUCAUCCAACAACAACAUCAACAAUCAAUAAAGAGUCAGAAAAAUGUCUAUUUACGAAAAUCGAUUUAUGGAUUAUUACAAUUAUUUGUUCCGAGAUCUAGCAGAUUAUCGAACAAAUGAUUGGCCUUUAAUUAGUUCGCCCGUGCCGGGACUCACAAUAUUAGGAGCCUAUUUGUAUUUCGUCUUGUCAUGGGGACCGAAAUAUAUGUCAAAUAGGAAACCCUACAAAUUGGAACGGUUGUUAAUUGUAUAUAAUUUUCUUCAAGUAUUAGUUAGUGUCUACAUUUUCGUGGAGGGGAUGGAAGCAGCAUGGCUGACCCGAUACAGUUGGCGAUGUCAACCAGUCGAUAUUUCCGAAUCUAAAGAAGCAAUGCGGGAAGCGCGAGGUGUUUAUCUCUACUUUCUGGCUAAAAUAUCCGAACUACUCGAUACCGUCUUUUUCGUUCUGCGAAAAAAGGAUCGGCAAAUAACGUUUCUGCAUCUGUAUCAUCACACUGUCAUGCCGAUGAUAUCUUGGGGUGCCACCAAAUAUUAUCCUGGUGGCCAUGGCACAUUCAUCGGGGUCGUCAAUUCAUUUGUACACAUCAUAAUGUACAGCUACUAUUUACUGGCUGCCUUGGGUCCGCAAUAUCAAAAAUUCCUGUGGUGGAAGAAGUACAUAACAAAUAUGCAGAUGAUUCAAUUCUGUUUGGCGUUCAUUCAUUCCGCUCAACUGGUUUAUACCGAUUGCGGUUAUCCGAGAUGGUCGGUUUUCUUCACGCUGCCAAAUGCAAUUUUCUUCUACUUUUUAUUCAACGAUUUCUACCGCAAAUCGUACAAAAGUAAAACAACCAAAGUCGAGUCACAAGUGGACGGAAAUUGUGUUCAAACUGUAGAAACGAAUUGUGUGAAUAACAACAACGAUACGAAAACUGAUGGUGAUAAAAAGGACAAUUAAAAAAACAAAAACAAAAACAAAAAAAUCAUUCUGUCAGUCUUAAGGAUGAUCAACAAAAA